UUCCAUUUGUAGGAAGGGGGGUCGAGUUGGUCUCAACAUGAACCUGACGUUCUGACACUCCAGGCUGGGACAAGCAGGCAGGAGCCCCCCAAGCAGCAGCCGCACAGGGGAACCUGCCUGGAGGGCUUUGAACAUCAGCAACAAGUUUAUACCUGGGUGCAGAAGCACUCAUGGCUGUCGCUUAUGGUACUGCCACCCAGCCAGGCCUGCUUUCCCAGCAGUACCCUCCCCCCCUGUUGCCAAAGCCUGGAAAGGACAACGUUCGGCUUCAGAAACUCCUCAAAAGGACUGCUAAGAGAAAGGCGUCCGCUCAGGCAUCGCAGUCUGCUGCACCUUUCCGCUCCAGCCUUUCCCCUGUGAAUGAAGCAAGCCCUGACCUUGAGCACAGUGACCACUCCACACCUCCCCGGACUCCAGAGACAACAGCAAGUCUCUACAGCAUCCAGCAGCCCCCACGAUUCACUGUCAGACCACUGUAUCAACAUGUGGCAUCUCCUUACCCACAGCGUGCAGCUUAUGGUCGGGCAGCUGGGAUGUCGCCUCAGACAGUGGAAAUCCCUUCAUAUCCUUACUCGCAGAACGCCACCACAGUUUCUUUGUAUUCUGCAUCCACUCACCUUCCUGGAGUCUCAAGAGCAAUGGGGCAAGUCACCAGGCCAGCAACACCCAAAAUAUCUCUGCCAGCUCCCUCUGUGCCUAAGGCAACAGCACCAGCUGUUGAAUUGAAAAAGCCAGCUGUUGGCACAUUUGCUGAAACUCAUGCUGGUGUAAGACCUACUGCAGCUGUAGCAACCUCACUGUCAAUAACCACAAGUACAAGUCCAACACCAUAUCCAGUGACAGGAGGCCAAGCUAUGACUCGGCCUCUUACUGUAUUGACCCCAUUUGGUAAAUCCAAAAGUCCGCGUCCAACAUUUAAAGCAACUGAACCCUCAAGAUCGCCAAAACCGAUGUUUGAUGUCCCUCAAAUUAGAAUGUACACAGCAACCACAUCAUAUUAUGAGACAUCCAGGACACCACCAGUAUAUGACACAGCUGGAUUAACUGCUAUUGGUAGCAUGGUACCUCAAAGUAAAACGGAUUUGACUCCAGCGUCUGAGGUGAGAAGAGGUACAACACCAACCGCUAGUCCUUCUUUAUUAGGCACAGAUCUCCAGAGGAAAACACCAUCUUCAGAUGUUGAAAGAAGUGCUGCACCAACAGCAGAGGUUAACACAACCAUAACUCCUGCAUCAGAAAUCAAAAGAGCCACUCCGACAGCUGAAAUCAAAAGAGCUACUCCAACAUCUGAAACCAAAAGAGUAACUCCAACAUCUGAAAUCAAAAGAGCCACUCCGACAGCUGAAAUCAAAAGAGCUACUCCAACAUCUGAAACCAAAAGAGCUACUCCAACAUCUGAAACCAAAAGAGCCACUCCAACAUCUGAAACCAAAAGAGCUACUCCAACAUCUGAACCCACUGUUAAAACUUAUGAGUUCCAAAUAUCAAGAACUUCAGCAGGCCGGCCUAAAACGCCAGCGUACCAUGUGACCCGGGCCACAACGCCUGUCUUUGAAAUCUCAAGGCCCAAUCCUCUCUUGUUUGCUGUGUCACCAAUCACAGUACAGCCAGAGAGGUCAAGAACACCUCAAACAUUUCCUGCUGCAAGCAGUUCAUCUGCAUCCCGAAGUCUGAAAACUACAGAACCUUCUGAAACAAUAAUGAAUGGGGACAUUCACACAGACGUGACAUCUGCAGCUAAACCAACACAACAGAAUAUUACAAAGUCAAAGUCAGAGAAUGACCUGACAAGAGAAAUGAUCCCAACUGCUCCACUUGGCUCUCAGAGACCUAAAACUCCUACAUCUGUGCCAAUAACAACAGCAGUGACAGGCGAUCAGAGGCCAAAGACUCCAACGUAUGAGGCAUCUCGACUUAUGACCACAUCACCAGGCUAUAAAAGACCAAAGACUCCUACCUAUGGGGAAUCACCUUUAAGUGUAUCACCUGUAGCCUUUCAGAGACCUAAAACCCCUACCCAAGUGUCUCCAAAGUCAAAGUCUAGCUAUCGUGGAUUGACACCAGCUGAAUAUGCUGCUUACGGUGGAAUCAAAACUUUCUCUCCAGCAUUUGGUGUCGUAAGUUCAGUGCUACCCACUAAAGAGGAGGUUAAAGUUAAAGAAGAGGUAUCAGGAGAAAGCAAAACACCUCCCAAAGAACCAAGUGUGAAAGGGCAAGCUACAGUAGAUGUGUCUAAAGUUAAAGAAACCUCCAAAGGUGUAGAUCAACUCCAUCAGAGAGAUGAAAAGAUUGCUGCCACCCCUUCAGUUCCCAAGAUUAUUGUUUCACAAGCAUCUGAAUCAUCAGGAACAAUAUUAACCAAGGAGACCAGUACAGUACCUGGUCAGGUAGCAAAAAAGCAAGAAACAACGCUGAUCAAAGAGAUAACAAAGGCCAAAUCUACAACAGCAGAGGUGAACAUUACAGAGAUACACAAAGUGGAAACACCUGUUCACGAAACCAAACCAAAGACAAAGGCUCCUGAAACCAAAGGUCCUCUGCUUAAAGGGGCUGACCGAGAAUCCCUGAAGUCAGUUAAGAAACUUUUAGGCAAAGACAAGGUCGAGACUCCUGAGCAGAGAGCAAUAACUGACACAAAAGCUGUCUCAGAACCAAAAGAACCAAUAAAAACUAUGGAUUCUACCAAGAUUAAACCUGAAGGCUCAAAGACAAGCAUUGUUCCACCUAUUAAGGUACCUGCUGCUGAAUCAGGAACUGAAGACAAAGUUAAAGAUGAGAAAGCAGAAUCUUCACUUGAGACAAAGGAAGCCAACAAGACUCUGCCAGAAGCAGAGCCCCUUCUUAAAGUCAUAAAAAAGCCAAAGGGGCUGAAAUCUAAAAUGAGUGGUUGGUCCCGACUCAAGAAACACAUGGUGGUGGAGCAGGAGGAGCCCCAAUUUCCAGAGACAGGCCCUCAAAAAGAGGUCGCCGUGCAGGACCAGAGUGAGAUAAAAGUGCUAAACGAGAAGGCCGAGGAUAAGGCUGAGGAUCAGCCUGAGGUCCAGGACGAGAACCAAACCAAAGACACUCCCAAGGCAACAAAGAUGUGGGAAGCUGUCCUCUUCCAAAUGUUUUCAUCUAAAGAGAACAUCAUGCAUCAGAUCGAGUUAAACAAAAGUGAGGAGGAGAAGGCUGAAGAGACAAAGGAUGAGCUAAAAGAGAUACCUUCAUUCGCAUACCGACUACCUGUGCUCCUUUUCAGCCCAAAGUUUGAUGCUAAAAGGCUAAAAGAGGCAGCAUCGAGGCCGGUCACAAAAAUAUCUACUGUGUUUGAAAUGGGUCUAAUUGGGCGAAAAGGUAAAGAAGAGGAACCAAAAGACUUUAAUAGAACAGCAAGGGGGUUCACUGCUACUUAAGCUAUGUUAAAUGCUAAGACAAAAAUGUCAAAAAAAAAAAAACAACAACUAUAAUUUAUGUUGAAUGUACAGGUGCAGAAAUCUUAGCAACAGAAAUGAUGUAUAGGGCUGGAGUCUUAGUCUGUGUGUAAAUGAAUUAUGUUUGUGGCAGUGUUAAAGAAAACUCAGCCUGAUCUUUAUACUUGACAAAUGCUUUGUGCGACUGGUUGUCUGGAUGUUAAAUGUUUGUAUUUGUGGAUUAGCUGGACAGAGAGAGCUACAUGUGCCUUAAAGUCAUUCAGACAUCUCAUCAGAUUAAAGUGUUUAUGUAAUUUCA